AUGGUUCAAGCCAGGGAACCAAAUUCGGUCCGCUUCGAGGACACGCUCAUAGACGGCGGUCCAAGUCUCAACCUAGAUGGUCUCUUGAUGAAGCCCACUGCCGCAACACCGAGGCGACUCCCGGACAUCACAGCCAACCUCGAUACGCACCAGGAGGCACACCUCCCGCAGGGGAUUCGCGAGACGGACGAGGAGAAAAGGCAGCACUGGUUCGUCGGCAGCAUCGACCAGGGCACCACGUCGUCGCGUUUUCUCAUCUUCAACGGCGAGGGCGAACCCGUUGCGAGCCACCAAAUAGAGUUUGAGAAUCUGUACCCCAAGUCAGGAUGGCACGAACACGAUCCUCACGUGCUUGUCAGCUCGGUCGAGGAGUGUAUUGAAGGGGCGAUGCGCAAGUUUGUCGAUCUGGGCUACUCCAAGUCGGACAUCCGGGCCAUCGGCAUCACCAACCAGCGCGAGACGACGGUAGUGUGGGACAGCGUCACCGGCGAGCCCCUGCACAAUGCCAUCGUCUGGCCAGACACGCGGACGAGCGCCCUCGUGCGCGAACUCAAGGCGCGCGAGGGUGCCGACGGCCUGACAGAGCUCUGCGGUCUCCCAUUGUCGACGUACCCCAGCAGCGUCAAGCUCCUCUGGCUCAUCCAGAACGUUGACGCGGUCAAACAAGCCUACGAGCAGGGCCGUCUUGCCUUCGGCACCGUCGACUCCUGGCUCAUCUACAGGCUCAACGGCGGCGCAAAGGCCGAGAGGCCGGUGCACGUCACGGACAGCACCAACGCCAGUCGGACCAUGUUUGUCAACAUCCGCACCUUGCAGUACGACGACAAGCUCCUGGCUUUCUUCGGCAUCGACAAGGCAAAGGUCCAGCUCCCCAAGAUCGUGCCGUCGUCAGAUCCCGAAUGCUUUGGCAAGGUCGCCAGCGGCCCACUGGAGAACGUCCCCAUCGCCGGCUGUUUGGGCGACCAAUCCAGCGCCCUGGUCGGCCAGUGCGGCUUCAGUCCCGGGCAGGCGAAGAAUACGUACGGCACGGGAUGCUUCCUCUUGUACAACGUUGGAACCGAGCCCGUCAUCUCCAAAUACGGCCUGCUCGCUACCGUGGCCUACGACUUUGGCCGUGGCCGAAAGCCAGUGUACGCCCUCGAGGGUAGCAUCGCCGUCGCCGGCUCCGGCGUCAAGUUUCUGAUGGACAACCUCGGCUUCAUCAAGAAUUCGAGCGAAAUUUCGGCGCUGGCAGAAUCGGUGCCCGACAACGGCGGCGUCGUCUUUGUCACAGCCUUCAGCGGGCUUUUUGCCCCCUACUGGAUUGACGACGCAAAGGGGACACUCUUCGGUAUUACCCACCACACAAACAAGGGACACAUUGCUCGCGCCACCCUCGAAGCCACCUGUUACCAGACCCGCGCUAUCUUGGAGGCCAUGGAGAAGGAUUCGAAUCACAAGCUCGAGUCGCUCGCCGUCGACGGCGGCCUCUCCAACUCGGACCUGUGCAUGCAGACCCAGGCCGACAUUACGGGCAUCCCUGUGGACCGUCCGCGGAUGCGCGAAACCACAGCGCUGGGUGCCGCCAUCGCUGCGGGCCUCGCUACUGGUGUCUGGAGGGAACUGGAAGAUCUCAAGCAGGUCAACCGGAAUGGGCGCAAGGUCUUCUACCCACAGAUGGAGAGGGCCAAGGCCGAGAAGAUGUUCAAGAAAUGGGAGCAGGCCGUGGAGAUGAGCAGGGGUUGGUGCCAAGAUCAAGAUCAGUGA